AUGUCCAGAGGUCACUAUAACAUAUUUAUUGGUGAUCUGAGCCCUGAAGUCAUUGAUGCUAUGCUGUUUGCAUGGUUCUCUGUUUAUGCUAGUUGUUUGGAUACGAGGGUUAUGUGGGAUCAAAAAACGGGUCGUUCACAAGGUGUUGCAAAGGUUAUCCUGAAGAAGGGGAAAACACAAUUGUUUCGUGAUGGAAGCCCAAUGGUUGACAAGACACAAAUCCAAUCUGUUGGGGCUUGUACAAAUCAUCCUUCCUGUGCAUUGGAUGUGGAAAAGCUGCUUGAAACAAGAAUAGAUGCAGCCAUCAGAUUACGUAAGAGCUUGGGGCUCCCUUCUGCCAAUACAAAUGCAUAUCAUCUUGUGAAUAGUGAAGGAGAGAGGUUGUUAGGCCUUAUAGUUGAUGUGAUUGGGGACUUGGUUGUGAUUGUGUUGUCAGCUGCAUGGGUUGAGAAGUACAAGCAACAUAUUAAGAAGAUGGUGGCUGGCUGCCUACAGAUGUUUUUUUUAUACAGUCAACCAAAAAUGGCAAGCCAAUCUCAAAUUCGUCAGUCUUUUUGUUCCAGUAAGGUGGGGUGGAUGGAGACGGCAGAAGAGAUUGAUGACCUUUUUGUAGAAGAUGUUGAGGUAUGGAGAAGAGCAUGUAUAGGGAGAGGGCAUGUGGGUCCCACGGGGAGUGACGUUCCAGUAGUGACAAGAGAAGGACAUAAUGUUCUUGAUGUCAUAUUUACAUCCCCUAUACCCAAACUUGGGUUGGGUUUUCAAAUAUCAGAUGCACCAUCUUCAUUUUCUGUUCCUCUAGAAGCUUCUAGAGAUUUUGGAAUUGAACCAGAGGAAGGAGAAUAUCACCUUAUGUGUCAGGUUCCUUCUGUGGAAAUAAAUGUCCGAUAUUUGGCAGGAUCAGUGAUAGUUGUUUUUAACCGUCAAGGCCCUUUGGAUGCUCCAGUAUUUGUGGGAAGUGGGCUGGUUUCAAGAAAGUUAUCUAGUUCGGUUGCUGAUGUUCCUACAUCACCUACCUAUGAGGCAAUCAUGAAGAAUAAAGAGGCUGGUGCAAUGGCAACAUUUGACAGGGUUCAAUUUUACUUUCAAUACUGA